AUGAUCUGUCAACGCUGUUUGCAACGCCUGGCGAGGCGGAAACCUUCAUCACGUCAACCUCGAUCGUUCUCGACAUCCUCCCCACAGCCAGCGCAAGCAGUCACUGCCAACACAACCACAGCGACGAAUCCCAGACCGAACGAUGUACCCGCCGCGACCUCGACCUCGGCCGCCCAGCCCUUCAGCACGCCCUUAUCACCCUCACCUGACAAGCAAGAUCUCCCAAUCAACCCGAAACAGAGCAAAGCAGCGGCGACAAUCCAAUCGAGCGUGCCGGCGGGAACUGUGCUCAAGGGCUUGAAUUUUAUGAAGAACAAGCAGGAUCCUGUCGCGUUGGAGGAUAGCGAGUACCCCGCUUGGCUAUGGACGGUGUUGGCGAUUAAAAGUGACGCAACAGGAAGCAAAGGCACAGACGCGGAGGGAGAUCUGUUCUCGAAAUCCAAGAAACAGCGACGGAUAGCAGCGAAGGCUUUGAGGAAGAAACAACUCCAGGAUCCGGAGUCGAUGGCGCCGAAAAUUCCUUUGUAUGAGCAGAGUGUUGAUUUGCCUGGUGGGGAUGGGACGUUGCAGGGGGCGAAGGAGGCGGGAUUGGCGAGGAGUGAGUUGACGAAGGCGAUGAGGGAGAAGAGGAGGAGUAAGAUUAAGGAGGACAACUUUUUGAGGGAGAUGAGAUAG